UAACUGAACAUUUCGCCGGCCGCUUUGAGGCUAAAAGCGCAUGCGCAAACACGCCGCGUUUGGUUUGGCAGCACUGACUGAUCGCGGAUUCGAGCUGAAGAAAAAGAAGAAAAACUUGAUCCUGAUAUUCAGUGAUAGUUUCUCGCAUCAUUUUGUAGUAGAACACUGUGUCAGCGUGUUAGUGACUUCGAAAAAGUAUAAAUUCUCUUUUCUACAUAAGUUAUCUCCUACAUUUACGGAUUCUACUGUAUUUCACGAUUUUAUCGUUUGUGGAAAUACCGCGUGCUUCGUCUAUAAAGUGUCAUAUAAAGGUGUAGGUGUUUUCAAUAUUGUCUAAGAGAAAUAUUUUAUCGUCUGUUUUUUUAUCUUUUUAAAGUGAUCAUAAAGGAAACAACAUUUUUAGCUGAUAAGUGGUCCUGAAACAUACUACAAAAUGUGUGCCGCAAGGUCUUUUUUCAGAGCAAUAGUCCGAAGAAAACCUUUAGAAGUGGAUUUACAAGAAACUAAACUUAACAGAUGUUUGUCAACAUUAGAUUUAACAUCACUUGGUAUUGGCAGCACCCUUGGCUUGGGAAUAUAUGUACUGGCUGGGCAAGUAGCCAGUACUAAAGCAGGCCCUGCUGUUACUAUUUCUUUUUUCAUUGCAGCUGUAGCAUCUGUAUUUGCCGGUUUAUGCUAUGCAGAAUUUGGUGCAAGAGUUCCUAGAGCUGGAUCAGCAUAUGUGUACAGUUAUGUCACUGUUGGAGAAUUGAUGGCUUUUAUUAUAGGAUGGAACCUUAUAUUAGAAUAUGUCAUAGGAACUGCAUCUGUUGCUAGAGGAUAUAGCGGCUAUUUAGACUCCUUAUUUAAUGGUACCAUUGAAAAACACCUGAGGGCGGCUAUGCCCAUAGAUAUUCAGCAUGUCUCUGCAUAUCCAGAUUUCCUAGCAUUUGGAAUAACACUGUUAUUGGCAACUAUGCUGUGUAUUGGGGUGAAGGAAUCCACACGUUUCAACACAGUGUUCACUGCCUUGAAUUUGGGGGUAGUAGUUUUUGCCAUCAUAGCUGGAUCUAUUAAAUCUGAUGUCAGCAAUUGGAAAUUAAAGGAAUCGGAGAUUCCUGCAUAUGCUGGUCAUGGUGGUUUUUUCCCAUUUGGAAUUUCUGGAAUGAUGUCAGGGGCUGCAACUUGCUUUUAUGGUUUUAUUGGAUUUGAUUGCAUUGCAACGACAGGAGAGGAGGUAAAAGAUCCUCAGAAGUCAAUUCCCAUCAGUAUAGUUCUUUCACUGUUGUUUGUAUUCCUUGCAUACUUUGGAGUCUCUACAGUGCAAACUCUCAUGGUACCCUAUUAUUUGCAAAACAAUGCUGCACCCCUUCCCUAUGUUUUUGAUUAUGUAGGAUGGCCUGUUUGCAGGUGGAUUGUUGCAGUUGGAGCUCUGGCUGGUCUUUCAACAAGUUUAUUAGGAGCCAUUUUCCCUCUUCCACGUGUUCUGUAUGCAAUGGGUUCUGAUGGCAUCAUUUUUCGAUUCUUAGCUAGAGUUCAUCCUCGUUUUCAGACUCCACUGAUAGCAACUGCAGUUUCUGGUGUUUUUGCAGGAACAAUGGCUAUGAUGUUCAAUGUCCAAGAAUUAGCCGAUAUGAUGUCUAUUGGGACAUUGUUAGCAUACUCUCUAGUUGCUGUAUCUGUUACUAUUUUGAGAUAUCGUUGUCCAGAUAAUGUUCAGCCAUCGCAUGCAAGGUACUCAUCGAUUCAGAACUCACAGAAACCUGGUUAUGAGACCGAGGGUAAUGGUAAAGCAAGUUUGUCAGACUCUUUAGCCAUUCCGCUAGAGAAGAUAACUUACAAUGCUGUAUUUAGACAGUUGUACAAUUUAGACAGAAUCGAGAAACCAACUGCAUUAACAUCAAAAAUAAGUUUUUCUCUUAUUACCAUAAUAUGUACAUUGAUUGUUAUAUUAGACGGACAGCUGGCAUUAAAUGAGACAGGCUUAGCAGAAAAAGAUUUAUUAUCGUUUUGCUGCUUAGGUUUAACACUUUUUUUUAUUCUCCUUUGUCUUAUCAUGCUACAUAGGCAGCCAUCAGAACAAACCAAAUUAUCAUUUAAAGUUCCUUUAGUUCCAUUUAUUCCUAUGUUAAGUGUCACCAUUAAUACCUAUCUGAUGUUCAAAUUGUCUGUUCUUACUUGGGAAAGGUUUGGUGUUUGGAUGGCAAUUGGUUUCUGUGUCUACUUCUUUUACGGUAUAUGGAAUAGCUCAGAGCGUAAAGACAGUGGUGGUGCCAAAAAUGUAUUCUGUGUUGAUGGCACACAAUUAGUGGACUGUAAUGACGUAUUGAAUGGCAGUCCUUUGCACAAAGGCAAGGCCAGUGUUGAAAGCAAUAUGUCUGAAUUAAUGGGGAGCUGCAAUUCCGCUGAAGUUCAGCUAAUAUCCAGUCACCCUUCCAAUGGAAGAAUUUAGUUGAUUCUUCCUCCCCUAGCGUUGCUUCCAUUAAAGGCCAAGUGAUUGCAGAAGAUUAUUGAAAACUGUGAUGCGUUCCAAAGAGUUUUUUUUUUCCUUCUUUUUUAGAAAAAAAUGUGCAUAUCUUUCUUAGAUUAACAGGUUAAUUCACUAUUCAGGCGAUAAUAAAUUUGAGAACGGGUGUCAGUAGAAUGUAAUUUAAAAUAUUAGUGAUUUUACGGGGAAAAUAAUUAAAUCGUGAACCACAAGAGGGAAAAACUGAGAAAUGUUAACGUUUUGAGAAAAAAAUCAUUUGUCAGGUACCCUAAAAGUCGGAAUUAAAUAAAUUCAUUUUAUUUUUAAAUAUUAUUUACAAAAGAAUUAGUCUUGUAUUAAUUCUUAAGAAAAAAUUAUUUUUCAACCCUAAAAGCAAGUAUAAAUAUUUUGUAAUAUAUUCUUUUCCUGAGAAUAAGGCAUAACUAUAAAAUUAAUAAUUAAAGUAAGGCUACUAGUUAGAAGAAUCAAGGAUAAUUGAUAGAAUAAUUGUGAAAAGAAAAAAGAUGUGUUUCUGGCCACCCGGUUGGUUAGUUUGUUUAGUUAUUUGCAAGUGAAGUUAAAUAAAUUUUAGUAAAAAGUGAAAGCAAAUUGAUGCCACAUAAUUAAAAUGAUCAUAUGCGUGCUAUUAUAUGCUGACAUUUACUGAAUUUCAAUGAUUAUAUAUUGUAAACGAUGGCUGUUGACAUGAUAUUUAUGCUGCGUGUAACUUAAAAUUUUUUAUUGUUUGAAUAGGAAAUUAGUCUUCUGUCUUAAAUACUUCAUUAUGUAUUAUUUUUCUAAACUAAUUUAAGUAAAAGUUUGUCAUUUUAAUUUAAGUAAGGUUGGAAAUUCGAAACAAUUUAUGCAUAUUUAAAAAAAAAAAUUCCCUUUAAAGGAAGAAAAUAUUGUUGAAUUAAAAUUGUACUUUUCUUUUUUCAUAUACCUUAUAAUGCUUGGCAAAUGACCUUAAACUGAAAUUAAAAAAGUUUUUUUAAGAAAAAAAAACACAUUUAUAUAAUUGUAGACACCAGUUUAUAAAAAUCUAUACAAAACAAAAUUAGUUAAAGAAUUAAUGUUAAGCAUCAUUCCUGUUGUAAAUAAUCGUUUUAUUUCGUUGUGUGUAGUAGUUUUGUUUUAAUAUGUGUUGCUACUUGUUUUAGUCAUGAACUAGUUAAACUUUAAUGAAUAAAGUGUAAGGAAAAUUUAUCUAACUCUAACAGUAUUGUGCAUGUUAUUCACACAAAGAUACUAUGAUUGCCAUGAAAAAGCAAUUAUUCUAUUGACACUGAUCCUUUUUUUUCACCUUAAGUUACAGUUCUGAAUAGGAUUUAAAAUUGUUCGAAAUUAUUUUCACUGCUAUUUUGAUUUAAAAAUAUUAUGAACUUCGCAUUUCAAAUCAUAUUUCAGGGUGAAGUUUAUUAAAACAAUAAAUGUUGAAUUUCUUAUACAUUUAUUUUUGUCUAGUCAUGACUUUUUUUAAAUUAAAUAUGUGGCUGUAGUGUAUAAAUAAUGUAAUCAUUAAUUUAGUUUUUAAAGAUAUAUUUAUUUUUCCCCAUGUCUAAUUCAAUGUAACUUUUAUCCAAUUAUGAGAUUAUUAAUAAUAGAAAGCAAAAAAGUUUUGUCAAUUUAAAAAUCAAAUUAAAUGUAAUUUUAUUUUUUGUUCUAAUCAAAAAAUAUAUAAUUCCGUUUUAUGUAAUUUUAAUUUUCAAUAUUAUGUUUGUAGGCAGCAAUUUCCUUUUUACAAUCUCGUGAUAAUUUUUAUUACAUGAGCCAACUAUUUCAUUUAUUUUGAAAAUUUUUAGUUGAGUGUUCAUAUUUAUAGUGUUCUUACACUAUUAACUAUUUUUUUAUACAUCCUUAUUUAUGUAGUCAUGAAGUAAAAUGUCAUAAAAACAACCUUUUUUUUUUUUUUUUUAACUAUUUUUGAUUUAUUUCAAUGAACAUGAUUUUUUUAAAAUUAUUAUUUAACCUUCCCUAAAAAUUACGCCUUUAUGAAUCUUACUGGUUUCAGAUUCAAAUUUUCUGUUGAUGAUCACUUUGUAUGCGUAAAACUUUAUUAUUGUAUUUAUAUUUUGAUCAUAUUUUUAACUUUUGUAUUAAAUUUUAAUUCAAAAUACUGAAUUCCAAUGUCAAAUAAUUUUGCCUCUGCCCAAUUUAAAUUUUCCAGAAACUUUGUGAUAAUUUCUUUGACAUAAUUUACUUUUAACACUGCAUUGUAUUCCCCUUGUAAGUUAUGUUACUGUUUUAUGAUAUUUUAAUGGUGCAAACCUUUAAUUAAUUUGGGAGAUAUGUCAUUCAUAUGUUUUAAAAUUUUUCUUAUUAAAAAAACAGUAUGGUUAAAAUUUCCUUUAUUUGAAAAAAUAGGUAAAAUCUCUCAAGUUAAUUAAAUUAUAUUCAAAUGACCUUAAUUAUUCUAUGAAACAUUUCAUAAAUUUUAUAUUAAUUACUUACUAUUUUUUGCAGACCAUUUAUUAAUAUAAACUUGAAUCAUUAAUAAAUUCAAUAGCAUUGAAAUCAAAGCUAUAGCAAUUAUUUAUUCUUUGUUAUUAGCAUUAACUUCCAAUUAGAAUUUUUGUAAAUGGAGCUAUUAUAAAAUAGUUUAUAAAGAAGGGUUUUCUAACCAGAGGAAUUAAAAUGAGUCUUAAUUAAUUCACCCAUAUUCAUUAUGAAUAUUGUCUUCUCGAAGAAUCCUGUUUAAUGUGAUUCAAUUUUUUAAUAAAUUUUGUAAUAUCCGAUUCCUAGCUAAUACAGGAUAAUCCAUAAUUUAAGCGAUGUGGUUUUUCUUUGAUAGAUUUUGAGCUAAUAAUUUUGCAUUUAUACUGAACUUAAUGACCGGAAAUUUUAAAUGGAAAGUUUUAUCAAAAUGGAAUGUUUGGAUUAGUGUUUAUUCUUAAAUAAAAACUUAACGAUCUGAGAUGAAUGUUUGAAAUUGGAUCCAGCUUUAUAAAAGAUUUAUUAAUUUUCCAGACCAUACUUAAUUUUAUAAAUUUAGGUUUCGGCAAUAUAAAACUAAGUUGUUGCACUCUUAAUGAAAAUAGUUAUUUUUCUUGACAUGAUGGACCUAUAAUAUCUAUUUUUAGUAUACACUAUAUUUAGCAUAAUAUGAAAAUAUGCUUCUAGUUUGUUACAUGAAAAAAUUAAAUGAAUGCAAUACCAUCAAAAAGCAAUCACAACACUUAGUUGGUCUCAAGAUUUUUUUUUCUUUUAAUGAUUUGUUUAUUCAAAAUUGUAUUUGUAAAAAAAAAGUUUAUAGAUUGUUAACCCUUUAAUGCAGACAUUUAUUUUAAACAUAUUUUUAAUACUUUUUUUUCAUUAUUUUGUAUUAAUUUAGGUCGAAAUAAAUGGAAAAUAUCACUAUAAUUAGCAUUUAAAUAAUUUAUGGUUAUGAAAUAGAGCAUGAAACACUGGUUUUUAUUUUCUGCAUGAAAGGUAAAAUCUUCCAAACAAUAAUUUUUCAAAAUUGCACUUAUUUUAGAACUAAGAGUAACAGUUAUUCAUCAUUAAAAUUUCUUUAAUUUGGAAAAAUCAAUUAUUGAUAAAUUUAUAAAUGAGGAAAAAAAAAGUCAAACUUUUUCUGUUUCUUAUAAUUUUUACUUGCGAUUUGAGCAUGAGAAAAAAAAUAUAUAAAAGGGACAGCAGUGUCUCAUCUGCAACUAAUAGUUAAAGUAUAAUAUGCAUUUUAAAUUGCAUAUAAUUAAAAAUGUUUCUGCAAUUAUUUAAUGAAAUAUAAUGAACAAACAUUUCUUAUCUGUCAGUAUAUAAAUAUUUAGUGAUAUAUUACGACAAAAAAAUUAUUAAUGCAAAUCAUUAGUUCAAAUAUAUAUGAGAAAAACUUUUCUGUUUUAAUAAGAAUUGUCUCUAUAUCUAAAGUACAAACCUAAAAACUACAUUAGCUUUUGAUUGUAGAAGAUACAAUUUUUUAGUCAAAAAUUGCAGCUCUGUACAUAAAACAAGUUUUUAUGUAAGAUCUACGAAUGUCCAAAAGAAAAAUAUAUUUAUUUUCCCUGGAGUCCUCAAUGUGAAUAAUUUUUUUCUAAAUAAAUUUUUAUAAAGCUUUUUACAGUGAUCAGAAUUUUUUUAUUUACAAUAAUGCAUGUAAGUUUUUAUAAAAUUGUUUGUGAUACAUAAAGCCUAUAAACAUAAAAGGGGAAAAAGUGUAAACAAAGCACAACUAAAAGUACAAAAAUAGGCAUACUAUAGUUUGGGUUCUAUGGACAAGAACAGUCUUUAGUGUCUAAACACAAAACUUUUGGCGUUUAGACAUUGAGGAAUGCUCUUGUAUUUAGAACCCAAACCAUAGUAUGUCUAUUUCUGUACUUUCAGUUGUGCUUUAUUAACUUUUGUUUAUAUAAACCCAAUUGACUUCCAAAUAUUGACUGAUAAUUUUUGUAAAUUCUACUAUAAAAAUUAAACAAUUUUUCUAGUUUUGUUUUUUUAUAAAUUGGCACUAUUUAUUAGAAUUACAUCGAUGGUUAUCGAAAAUGUAUUUAAUAUACUUUAAUCAUAAUUGUAUGUAUGUGUUUUAAAAGUUUUCAUUUCAACGAUAAUCAAAUAUUUAAAAAAAUUUAAAAUGAAGAAUGCUUAAUUUUAAAGAAAUGAAAAGUUAAAACAUCUUUAAAAAAAUAAAAUGGUGUUUUGUAAAAUAAAUAUGUUUUGAAAUUUUUUCGAAAAAUUAAUACUAUUCUUAAACUUUGUUAUUGAAAUCGUUUUGAAUAAAAUAAGUUUAGUGAUUCCUAUUUAAAAAAAAAACUUAAAUAUCAACAGAUAUUUUAAAUUGAUUAAAUUUUAAUCGUUAAUAAAAGGGGAUGUACCUUUAAAAAAUAGAGUUAAAAAAAUGUAAAGUGGGUUAAAAAAUGCUUCAGGAUUUUUUCCUGGAAAAUAUAUUGAUACAAAUUCAAAAUCAGUUUUGUAUAUUUGUCAAGUUUAGAAUAAUUUUUAUUAUUAUGAGAGAAAUGAAAAACCAGGACAUACCAUUUAGUUCUGUUGUUUUCAGGUGAAUUGAAAUUGUUUAUUUGCUGUGACAAUUCCUUGCACUAAAAAAAAUUUAUCUAAAAUUAAUCAUUUCAACAAAAUUUCAUUUUACAAAAAAUAAUACUGAAUCUUGUAAUUAAAGAAAAAAAAAUGAACUAAAUUGCAACUUUGUGAACAGUAGGUUAGCUGUAGAUAAUAUUGUUUAAAUUGACUUAAUAUCUAAAUUAAACUUAAAUCAAAACCAGAUGAUUAAUCAAUAUGGAAGAGAUUGCUGAAAAAAAUAAAGAAACUAUUAUCAAAUAAAGCAGUUACAUAUCGAAAGCUGAUACAUUUUUGUCAUUGACUUAGAAAACAUGUUCAUUCAAUAUUGGCUUGAGAAUUUUGAAGUUAUUUCUACACUAUUAUAAAUAAUUAAACUUAAUUUAUCAAAGCUUGCAGGUUGGUAUAUCUUCUUUAUAAAAGUUUUAUUUCUGUAGUUGCAUAAUAUAAAAUGAGUUAUGUUUGUUAAAUUUUAUUUUAUGUUACGAGACUACUUUUGUGUGUUUGUUCCUCCAUUUAGUUUUGAACAAAAAUUUCAUCAAUUUUAAUGCAUUAGAUGUUGCUCAAAAAUCUACAUUAAUUUAAUGUUUUUAAUAUUAGACUCGUGAUAUCAGUUUUCACAAAUUGUUGAAUAUUAUAAUUAUAUAUGCAUGUUUUGUGUAUUUCAUCAUUUGUAUAUAUUGCUUUUUUAUUUUAUUUGAUAUUCGACUGAAGAAAAUUGUAUAUUUUGUUAUGUUUGAAGCAGUGUAAUAUUUCAUUGUUAUCAAAAGACAUUUCUUGGUUCCAUUAUUUUUGAGAAAUAAAGUGUUUUUGUUUUUUGAUCAAGA